CUACAAUGUUUAUUUUCUCCUCAUUUUGUCUCUGUCCCAUAUUUUCCCACACCCAUUUCUACACUUCCAUCCUACUGCGCAAAUGGGGAUACCCAGAUUUCUCAGUUUUUUAACUCAAUCCAACCAACGGGACUCCCUCCCCUCCAAUCGCCAAAAUCUUGUGAAUAAUGCCAAUACCCAUCGACAAGAUGGAUUUCUCAGUUCUGUUUUUGGGUUCUUCCGGCGGCAAUUUAGGUCCGGAGAGAAGAUUGAUGGGGGUUCGCGGACAGAAGAAGAAGAGAAAGUUUAUUCAUGGUUGUAUGCCUUGGCACAAUCUGAUAAAGAUUUAGUUUUUGAGUAUGUUCAAUCAACAGAGAGGGGGUUGAGCUUCACUGAAGCUGAAAGGAGAUUGAAAGAAAAUGGCCCAAAUGUUCCUCUCGAAUAUACUUUUCCAAGCUGGUGGCAUCUUCUGUGGAAUGCCUUCUUUCAUCCCUUCAAUAUCAUUCUAAUUGUAUUGUCAGUACUCUCAUACAUUACCAGUGACAAUCCAAAUGGAUGCAUUAUGCUGAUUUUAGUCUUUAUCAGUGUGUCACUCCGAUUCUACCAGGAAUAUAGCAGUUCAAAAGCAGCUAUGAAACUUUCAGAAUUUGUAAGAUGCCCAGUUAAAGUGCAAAGAUGUGCAGGAAGAGUUGUUCAGACUGAACUGGUAGUUCAAAUUGAUCAAAGAGAUGUUGUUCCAGGAGAUAUAGUGAUUUUCGAGCCUGGUGACCUUUUUCCUGGUGAUGUGAGACUAUUAACUUCAAAACACCUGGUUGUAAGUCAAUCAUCAUUAACAGGAGAGUCUUGGCCCACUGAUAAAACAGCUGACGUGAGAGAAGACCGGAGCACCCCUCUGCUAGAUUUAAAAAACAUUUGUUUCACGGGAACCAAUGUGGUAUCAGGUUCUGGAACAGGUCUAGUUGUCUCCACUGGAUCCAAAACCUAUAUAAGCACCAGCUUCUCAAAUAUUGGAAAGCAGAAACCACCAAAUAGCUUUGAGAAGGGAGUCAGGACAAUAUCUUAUGUGCUCAUUGUUGUCAUGCUACUAGUAGUUGCAAUCAUAAUAGCAGCGGAUUACUCUGCAUCUUAUGAUUUGAGUGAGAGCAUUCUUUUUGGUAUAUCGGUUGCUUGUGCACUUACUCCUCAAAUGCUUCCCCUAAUUGUCAACACAAGUCUUGCAAAAGGAGCACUUGCUAUGGCCAGGGACAGAUGCGUUGUCAAAAGCUUAUCUGCCAUACGAGACAUGGGAUCCAUGGAUAUCCUAUGCAUUGACAAAACUGGAACUCUGACAAUGAACCGAGCAGUCAUGGUCAGUCAUCUUGAUGCCUGGGGCUCAACAAGAGAAAAGGUCUUGCAUUUUGCCUUCCUAAACUCUUACUUCAAGACUGACCAGAAGUAUCCUCUAGAUGAUGCAAUUUUGGCCUAUGUGUAUACAAAUGGAUACAGGUUUCAACCAUCCAGAUGGAGAAAGAUAGAUGAAAUCCCUUUUGAUUUUAUGAGAAGAAGAGUAACUGUUGUUUUAGAAAAACAAUCUAAUGCCGACAACAGGCAACUGCUAGAUAGAGUCAUGGUAACAAAAGGAGCACUUGAAGAAGUAAUCAAAGUCUGUUCUUUUGUUGAGCAUUUUGAUAGGGGUGAGAUCACAACUUUCUCUACUGAAGACAACCAGAGGAUUUUAAAUGUGGUGGAGGAACUAAGCAAUGAGGGUUUACGUGUUAUAGGAGUUGCCAUGAAAAGUCUAGAAAUGAAGAGAGCUUUUCAGAACAUGGAUCAUGUAGAUACCAUUGAAUCAGACAUGGUUUUCCUUGGUCUUAUAACAUUCUUCGACCCACCUAAGGACUCAGCGAAGCAAGCUCUAUGGAGAUUAGCUGAGAAGGGAGUAAAAGCAAAAGUAUUGACUGGUGAUUCUCUCUCCCUUGCAAUAAAGAUUUGCAAGGAAGUAGGCAUCAGAACGACCCAUGUAACUACAGGACCAGACCUUGAGCUACUCAACUCAGAUGUUUUCCAUGAGACUGUGAAAAGGGCAACAGUACUGGCUCGGCUUACACCUUCUCAGAAACUCAGAGUAGUAGAAUCCUUGCAGACAGGUGAUCACAUUGUUGGGUUCUUGGGAGAUGGAAUAAAUGACGCACUUGCAUUAGAUGCUGCUAAUGUAGGUAUAUCAGUUGACUCAGGAGCAUCUGUUGCGAAAGACUUGGCAGACAUCAUUUUACUUGAGAAAGACCUAAACGUCCUUGUUGCUGGAGUUGAACAAGGUCGUCUAACUUUUGGCAACACCAUGAAAUACAUAAAAAUGUCAGUCAUAGCCAAUGUUGGAAGUGUCCUCUCACUUAUGAUAGCAACCCUCUUCCUCAGAUACGAGCCACUGACUCCAAAGCAACUCCUCACACAGAACUUCUUGUUUUGUCUGGGUCAAAUUGCAAUUCCAUGGGACAAAAUGGAGGAAGAUUAUGUCAAAACCCCUCAAUAUUGGUCUGUGAAAGGUUUACCCAUGUUCAUCUUGUGGAAUGGCCCAGUUUGCACCAUUUGUGAUGUAGUUACCCUUUUGUUCCUUGUGUUCUAUUAUGGGGUUCUCAAUAAAGAAGAUACGUCAUUAUUCCGUACAGCUUGGUUCGUUGAAGGGCUUCUCAUGCAGACACUGAUUUACCACUUGAUUCGGACUGAGAAAAUUCCCUUCAUUCAGGAGGUUGCCUCAUGGCCUGUAAUAUGUUCAACAAUCCUGAUUUCUGCUAUAGGAAUAGCAAUACCUUUCACAAUUGUGGGAGAGAUUAUGGAGUUCGUUGAGCUACCACUGUCAUAUUUUGGGUUUUUGGUUGUGCUCUUCAUCGGAUAUUUUACAGUAGGCCAAAUUGUCAAGAGACUAUAUAUCUUGGUCUACAAAAAAUGGCUUUAGAUUAUGGUUGGUGCAAGUGCAAGGAUUGUUUGUAGAGAUUGCUUCUUUUUUUUUCCCCCUCAUUUUUGGCUAGGACAAAGACUGCUUCCGGACUGUAGAAGCAGGAAGAAUCUUUUUCACCUUUGUAUAUACAUAUAUAUGAGAAAGCAUACAAUACCAAUGUUUUUACAGGAAUCCUAUUUUGCACCAAUGUGUACUCUCUUCUCUAACAAGGUUAUUGGCCCCAGUGAAUUUGCAU